GUUCUAUAUAGUAUUUCUGAUAUUCGCCGACAAGUGGAGAAAAAUAUCAAAAAUAUUGCAGAAAAUCUUAAAUUUCUAUUGUGUAGCACAAAUUUACACAAAAAUCUUGAAAGUAACCCAAAAGACAAAUGUUGAAAUAAAAGCGUAAAACUGAGAGGCGGUGGAAAUUCUUGAGUGCAGUGUAAAAAGUCUCAUUUGCAUAGAGCUCUAGGUAUUGUUGACGACGUUUACGACAUUGACGUUAGCGUUGUGACAGUGGCGUGAGCGACUGCAAAACCAGAUCAACAGCGAUAUCGGCGACGUUGACAUCACAUCAGCGUUGUGCGUAAAACAAACAAAACCAUGGGGAUCAACGUCAGCAGACAAGCUAAUCUCUCCGAGAAUGAGCUAUUGCAACGUUUUGUAGGACGUACACAUAUUCCGCCAGACGCUGAAGAGUUUUGGAAUGCACUACUAAAUUAUCAUAUAACAAUACCGGAAGAUAGUCAAGAACAGUUAAAUUUGGAUUCGCGUUUGGAGACACUUUGCCAAUCGUUCAUCAGUAAUAAUUUGAAGACUGGCAAUUUGGGUUCACUGAUUACUGUGUUUCUGCACAAAGCAUCAGAAUUACUAGCUUUAUCCGACAAAGAAAGUAAUGUGCACAUAUGGCAAACAUUCAAUGCACUCUUCAUAAUACGUUCGCUGGUUAAGUAUAUAAUCGAGACCGGAUCGGAGUUUCAGUUAUUGCAACAUUUUGAAGCUAUACCAAGUGCUGAGUUGUUGCGUGCGGAGGAAGAUGCCGUAGCAACAGGUGCGCACGGCGAGAAUACCACCAUAGCGGUUGAGGCAAGAGAAGAAGAAGCCACUGCUAACUUGUUGCUAAGAGCAGCGAUCGUUGUUGACGGUGCAAAGUUCGAAACAUUCAUUGAUGCGCUGGUCAAUUUGAUUGUGGUGAUUCCAGUCAAGGAUUUCACAUAUCACUUGCAUUUGGAGGCGGUAAACACAUUCAUCACGCUGCUCUCUGUACACCUAUUCACCGAGCAACCCACAGAGAAAUCAAUCAUUUUUAGAACUAUAUACAAAUGCCAGCAUGCAAAUGUGCUCGUAUCGGCACUGUUACAUUUCGUGGCACGCAUGGUGGAGGUGCCACACACAAUGUUCGGUUCGUCAACGUCCGGUUCAUUUGUCUUUGGCAUUGCCGAGUCUUUGCUCUCCAUUUUCACAUUUCGCAAACAACAGGACGUGCUGAAAGCCACCAACGCUUCAGGUGCUGAACUUUCACAACAAUUCCGUGAUCAUUAUCCACUCGCCAAUCAAAGUCUUCUACUCAUACUCAUCUUGACGAAUCACUGUACCACUAAGGAUAAUCCGUUUCGUGUCAGCUUAUUCGGUUGUGCCGAUUCGAAAGACUCACCCAAAGAUGGCGCUUCCUUUCAGAUCGACUUUUCAUCGGUUUACGAAACUCUUUGCCGCAUUGUGACUAUUGAUCAGGCAACAUUGUUACUUUAUCUCUUGCUACAUCGAAAUGAACGUUUCUAUCACUUUGUAAUGGCACAAAAUGAUGUUGAGAAUUUGGUUAUACCGAUAUUGCAGACACUCUACCAUGCGCCGGAUAGCACUUCCCAUCACAUCUACAUGUCGCUUAUUGUUUUGCUAAUACUGAGCGAGGAUGACGGCUUCAACAAGAAUGUGCAUAAUAUAAUGCUUAAAAAUAUACACUGGUACACCGAACGCACCAUUUCCGAAAUUUCACUGGGCGGCCUUCUCAUCCUGGUUGUCAUACGCACUAUACAGUACAAUAUGCUGAAGAUGCGCGACAAGUAUUUGCAUACGAAUUGUUUGGCAGCGCURGCGAAUAUGUCGGGACAAUUUCGUGCAUUACAUCCAUAUGUAGCGCAACGACUGAUAUCGCUCUUCGAGACAUUAGCGCGCAAGCAUACACGCCUCGAUGCACAGCUAAAGGAACCGGUYAAUAAUGCGGUGUCCGUUAAUGUGACAACAACUCCCGAAGAUAUGCUGCAAGAUCUCACUGUGCUGGAGGAGGUGCUACGCAUGGUGUUGGAGAUACUCAACUCGUGUCUUUCCAAUCAGCUUGUGUAUUGUCCAAAUCUAGUGUAUACAUUGCUUUACAAGCGCAGCGUGUUCGAGAGUUUUCGCAGUCAUCAUGCGUUUCAGGACAUWAUACAAAACAUCGAUAUGGUUGUGGGCUUCUUUUCCUCACGCCUGCAGCGYGUGCAGGAGCAGCGUGGCGAAUUGGGUGUCAAUGAAGUGUUUGAGGUUAUAUCGAAGGGCGCUAGCCAGUGGUCUAGCGAUCGCUUGCGUAAAUUUCCGGACCUGAAAUUCAAAUAUGUUGAAGAAGAUGCGCCCGAAGAGUUUUUCAUUCCAUACGUUUGGACCUUGGUAUGCAAAUACGGUUGUGUGCACUUCAGUUCAGAGAGUAUUAAAGGUGUGACCACAGAAAUACAGUGCUAAUACGAUACGACAAUAGACGCAAAGCAUAUUUAGCAGCUACAACACACACUAAAACACAUCGACUGUUGACGGGGUACUUGCAGUGUUAAGAUGCAAUUGCUAGCAAUGCUCUUGCUGUUGCUUGUUUGACGAUGAGGGCUGUUUCUAUCAGCUUUGUGUAGCAUAAUUUAGCAUAAGUCUACUACAUAAAUAUUUGUAUAACUUUCUUGUUAGCUUUUUAACUUCCCCCCAGCCCCUACAAAUACACAAACAUAGAUUGGAACGGAAAAGUGCAGCAAGCGAAAAUUACAUGCUGUUUAUGUAGCAAGGGAAUUAUAACUACUUUUAAGUAAUUAAAUAUUUAUACGUAAA